AGGCAGUGACCAGCAGGGGGUGAAAGUUGCCUCGGUUCUGUCUGGACAGCAGGAGAAGAAGCGGCAGCAGCCAGCGCAGAUUCGCCUGUUAGUUUGGAUGCUAAGUGCUUUGCUAUGAAGCUUCUUCUGUGAGACAGUGAGUUCUGGUUCCCUUCUGGUCCGAACUUGGGUCGGACCGGUCCGGAACUACUUCCGGUGCCGUCGUUAGCCGUUAGCUCCGGGUUUAGCCAACUGCUCAGGUGAGCUCAGGUAAGAGCAGCUCAGAACUCUCUGCUGGUUCGGUCCGAGCUUCCAAGCUGGGCCAGCUAGCGGUCCAAACGGCACAUCGCCGGGAAGAGAGUACGAACCGGGAGCUUUACACCGACCGGAACCAGCCGCACAUGAAUAAGGUCCGGAAUCCGGAGACGUCCUGAGGCAGCUGCUGAGGAACAGGUUCGGUCCGGUCAGCAGAACUCCAGGGGAGGUUCGGAGCAGCCUGGACCCAGAAAAGGUGCGCUGCCGGCGAUGGCUCUGAUCGAAGGCGUGGGGGACGAGGUGACGCUGCUGUUCGGCUCGCUGCUGCUGUUGACGGUGCUGCUGCUCGCCUGGGUCUCCACCCGCACCGCCGAGCCCCCGGAGCAGCUGUUCCCAGGCCACGCCCCCUCCCCACAGGACACGCCCAUAUCCUCCACCGCCUCUGUGGGGGACGGCUCUCUGUCCGAGGCUCCGCCCACUGGCCCCUCCCCCCGGGAGGAGGAGGAGGCGGAGCCCGAGGCGGGAGACGGGGCAAGGCGGCGGGGAGUGGAGCGGAGCAUGGUGGUCCGCCUGAAGUUCCUCAACGACACGGAGAGAACGGCCCAGGUCCAACCACAUGAUACCAUCGGUUACAUCAAACGAACCUACUUUGCGGGUCAGGAGCAGCAGGUGCGUCUCAUCUACCAGGGCCAGCUGCUGCAGGAUGACGCCCAGACGCUGGCCUCACUCAACCUGGCCCACAACUGCGUCCUGCACUGCCACAUCUCCCAGAGCGCGGCGACGGGGGCUGCAGGGGGCCCGCGGCCCACCGACCAGGUCCAGGUGGCGCUGAACGUGGGCAGCCUGAUGGUCCCGCUGCUGGUUCUGAUGCUGUCCGUGCUGUGGUACUGUCAGAUCCAGUACCGGCAGUUCUUCACGGCGCCGGCCACCGCCUCGCUGGUCGGCAUCACCAUCUUCCUCAGCCUGGUGGCCUUCGGCGUCUACCGCCGCUAGCCGCUCUCUGAUUGGCCCGCCGCCUUGGGCCUGCACAUUCUGUUGCCAUGGAGACGUGGAGCGCGACAAGAACUCUGAUCUUUAUUUUUUUAGCUGACGUUUCUCUGUAACUUCUCAUCACUGUGCCUCAGUUCCUCCUGUAAUCUAAUCCAGAAUAAAUCACUAAUUUAUCCUGCUGA